UGCAUGGUUCGUACCCAAGAAGAGUUUGCUAUCAUAAAAGACUGGGAACUAAUCAGGAUAAAAUCCAAAAUGGUGUUCGACAGGCUAAGAGGAAUCGAACGAGAAAAUCUCCCUCUUUCGCGGCAACAAACCGUUGACGACCAGGAAUCUCUAGCACAACAAAAUAUUUUAUCAUCUGUUAAUGGAAAGACACCAAAAGAGCAUCAGAUAGAAAGCACACAAAGACUUGUUGGUUUUGCAAUUGGUACUGGGAGUAUUCUUGCCGCACAGUUUCUGACUCAUCCAUUUACAGUCUUCAGGAGACAGUGUCAGGUAAAUCAUGGUGCCAGAAAAUACCACUUAGCACCCUUCACUGUGUUCCAAAUCUUGCUUCGUGUGAGAAGAAGUCAGGGUUAUGGUGCUUUGUGGAAGGGUUGUGGUAGUACCUAUGUUGUGUGUGCUGUCAAUUUCUUUGGUGAAGCAGCAGUGAGCAGCCUUACUCAUCUACCUUAUGAAAAACCAGAGAGAACUAGUUCAUACAAAGAUGUUGGAGGCCAUCUUCUUUUGAAAGGAUUAAGUUUGGCUCUUAGCAUGCCAGUGGCAGCAGCAAGCUUAACAGAAACAGUCAAGAGUGACCUCACCCGUUACCAAGACAAUAUUUUUGACAGUUUAAAAGACUGGAUGUACCGCAUUGUAGGCUGGGAUAGAUCAUCAGGUCGUCAUGGUCGCCUCCUCCCCAUGUGGACCCUGGUGCUUCCCACAGUUCUUCACGGCCUGCUUACCUAUGUCUUGGGUACAUUGAUUCAACACUUGGUAUUGAUAAAACUGAAGGGCAGGGGCAUCCACAAGUCACCCGACACAGACCCUACAUCAUCAGAUGAGGAACUGCUGGGCCCUACUGAUAUGACUCAUACUUAUUACCCAGAACUUGUGGCCAAUUUUUUAGCAUUUUUUAUCCCUGAGUUUUUGUUGUAUCCUUUGGAGACGGUUCUUAACCAACUGUAUGUCCAAGGCACUCGGACCAUCAUUGACGAUCUUGAUACUGGUACUGGUGUGGUGCCACUAUGUACAAACUAUGAUGGUAUGUUGGACUGUUUCCGCUCCAUCUGGCGGGAUGAAGGUCUUGGGGGUUUUUACAAAGGCUUCGGUGCACUGCUGAUUCAGCUGUUUAUUCACUGGCUCAUCCUAAAGCUGACUCAGUUUGUGUAUAAGGAAAUUUCACAGGAUUUUAAAGGCAAAUAAUUCAUUGCUUGUGUGUCUUAAGAAAUGAAGAUCUUAAUUAACAAUAUCUUAAUAUUGGGGUCAUUCUUUGUACAGUUGAUGUCACACGGGAUUGUUAAGUGAUAUGUGUAGGACACUAUGAUCUUUGCAACGAUUCCCUUGCUCUCCUAACUAUAAUUUAUCAGAAUUUUAACUAUUUUGGUAUGUUUUAACUGAACUUGAUCCUCUAUGGUUACUUCUGACUGUUAUUGCCUCAAGUGGAAAGAUAAGUUGGCCAAAAAUUGAGAAAAAAUUAUUCUAGUAUGUCUAAAUAGAAGUGAUACUUUGACACAAAAUAAAGUAGCAUCUAUUUAUAA